ACACGCUCGCCGGGGAACGGGUCCCGCCCGGAGGGGAGAGGCGCGGCCGCUCCGAGCCCCCCAUCUGCGGCGGAUCGCGCCGGCCGCGGGAGUCCCGCCGUCAGCCCAGUGCCCAGCCCGGGCCGCGCGGCCGGGGACGCCGAGGCGGGGCGCGCUCCCCCAGCUCCGCGCCGUCUCCAUGGCGUCUCAGCAGCAGUCCCGGAUCCAGGCGUACCUGGAGAAGAACCGGAUCGGGCCCCUGUUCGAGGAAUUAAUGACCAAGUUAAUUACUGAGACACCUGACCAGCCAAUUCCGUUUCUCAUUGACCAUCUUCAGUCGAAACAAGGAAACCGGGGACAACUUCAAAGAACUUUAUCUGGAUCUGCAGCUCUCUGGGCAGAAAGUGAAAGCUCUGAACAUAAAGGAACAAGAAGGGACUUCAGAAACUAUGAAAAGCCAUGGCAAUUAAAUGCAAAGAAGCCUAAAAAAUCAAAAAGUGAUCUUGCUGUGUCUAAUAUUUCUCCACCAUCACCAGAAUCCAAAUCAUCGCCAAGGUCAGUAGAGCAUCCUAAGUGGAACUGGCGGAAUAAAACAGAAAACCGUGAUUUUGAUGAAUUGAACCACAUCCUUCAAGAGAGCAAGAAACUGGGAAAAGCCCUUGAGAAUCUCUCUCGAAGUAUUGCACUUUCAGAUGAACUUGAUAAGGAAACACUGGCAUUUAAUUCUUCUCUUCUGAGACCCCGUGUGAUUGGAGAAUGGAUUGGCCGAGAAGAGAAUGAUGCUGAUCCACUAGCUGCUGAAAUGCUACAGCCCCCAAUUCCAAGAAGUAAAAAUGAACAGUGGGAAAGCGAAGACAGUAGCUCAAGCCCUGCAGGAAGUUUAAAGGUGGAACCCAAGACUAAAGGAUUAAAGCAGCAACAGCAGCAGCAUAAGAAGUUACUGGCAGCAAUGCUUUCUCAAGAUUCUUUCGAGUCCAUCCAUAGCCCUACUCCGUCUGUAACAGAAGAAGAUAUUGAUAAUGAAGAUGAUGCAAUGGAAUUGCUGGAAGAUCUUGAUGAUUUAAGAAUGGAGGGAGUAACAACUCUGGCACCUUCUGGGAGCAAAUUUAAUCAAGGUCGAGCUACUUACCCCGCUGAACCUCAGGCCAAGGUCACACUGAACAUCUGUUCAAGGUGUGCCAGGCUUCAAGGAGACAAUCUGGCUGACAGAACAGAAGAGACUUCUCAGAUACUUCAUUCUCCAGGUGAAACAAUCCCAGAUUCUUUGGAUUCAUUACCUGGAACUGAGGAAGCUCUAAUGGAAGCUGGUGAAGAAUUUGAGAAAGCAUCAAGAUUAACAGGUCCUGGUGAAACCUCCAGUGGACGACAGCCCUUGAAAAACUACACAGAAGAAGAUGAAUCUUUAAAGCAAUUGCAGGUAGUUCAUCAACCAUGGACUUUGCCAAGUGACACAGAAAGUGAAGGAGUAGAGACAGAACAAGAUAAACGUUCUGCUGAUCUCCUUUGUGUCCCAUGUUCUUCUUGUCCUACAGUGGUCUACUCUGGUCUGUGAAGCAGGCAGAAGAAACUGCAAGUGAUCCUUAAAGAAACUUCAGUUAUUCAAGUCAUUGUACAGAACUCCAAUUUUAUUAUGCAUAUAUAAAUAUUUAGAGAAUGGUAUUUUUAUAUUAUUGAUAAUAAAUGAA